AUGAAUGAAAAAAUAGGAGAAGGCGGAUUUGGAACCAUUUACAAAGCAUGUUGGCUUGAUGGUAUACCUGAAUAUGAAAAUAUAGGCUCUCAAGAUAUUAUAAGACGCAAUAAAGAUGUUGCUAUAAAAAAGCUUCUAUAUUCAAAGGAAAUUAGCAAAGAAUUCUUAAAUGAG